AUGGAUCAAAACGAAAUAAAGUGUUCGGCUGGUAAAUUAAGAAAUAGUGAAAUAAUUAAUGACAUCCUACAACAGUUUAUAAUUGCAGAUGAAAAUCAAGAAAAAGCAAUCAAAUCUCAAAAACAAGAAUUAUUAAAACUAUUUUCAUCUUCAAAUAAGUCUCAUCCGCAAUCUUGUUAUACUAGUCGAGGUAUUCAUACCCUUCAUAAAUUGCGUAAUUCAUUAGUAGAUAUAAAAUCUGGAAAAUCGCCAGAUCCUAAUUUAUUAAAGUCCAAUGAAACAUCCAUUUCGAAUAUCAGUAUUGGUUCUAAAGAAUCACAAGAAUGUAUUGAUUUUGAUAAGGAAAUUCAAAACCAAUUAAAAGAUGCAAUGUAUGGUAUCUAUUCGGAAGCGUUCGCACGAAAUAAUAGAACUCCAAAACAAUUUCUAUCUUCAAGCGAGUCUCAUCCACAAUCUUGCUAUAUUAGCCGAAGUAUUCAUACUCUUCAUGGAUUACAUAAUUCAUUAGAAGAUAUAAAAACUGGAAAAUCUCAAGAUCCUAAUUUAUUAAAGUCUAAUGAAUCAACCACUUCAAGUGUCAGUACUUAUGAUUUUGAUUCUAAAGAAUCACAAGAAUGUAUUGAUUGGGAAAAGGAGAUACAAAAUAAAGCAAUAAAACGAUCAUUCUCAACUUUAGAUUAUGAUUCCCAAGAAUCCAAAGAAUGCAUUAAUUUGGAUAAAGAAGAUAAUAUUAUAUUAAAGAAAUUUAAAAAAGAUUAA